AUGCUGUACACACGGACCAUCAAUGAUGUUGAACUGUCGUUCGACGACCGAGGCAUGGUUUCAUCUGAGCCAACUAUUGUCUGUCUGCCAGGUCUCGGUCAAGAUCAUCGAGGCUACAAAUACAUCCUUCCCUUCUUAGUGGGCAAGUACCGCGUCAUCAGAAUUGUAUGGAGAGGCCAUGGUGCCAAUCGCGACCCCAUGGAUAAGUGGAGUGUGGAGGAUCAAGCAAGCGAUACGAUUGCACUCCUCGACUCCCUCCAGGUUCAAACAUUCAUUCCCAUCUCUCACUCCCACGGAGGCUGGUGCGCCAUGGAGAUGGCAGCGCGACUGGGAAAGGAGCGGGUUCCAGCUAUUCUACUGACGGAUCUGAUCCUGACUCGGCCUCCUCCUGAGUUCAUCAAGCACCUCCAAAUGACCCAGAACAAGGAUACUUGGUACGAGGCUCAAGCCUCUCUAAUCAAAGGCUGGCUCAACAACACCACCAACAAGAACGUCUUAGAUCAUUUUCACAACGACGUGGGUGCAUAUGGGUUCGAGAACUGGUCUCAUUUCUGCUGGCUAGUGGAAAAGAAUUAUGAGCGCUGGGGUUCACCUAUGGAGCGACUUGAGACUAUUAAUGAUCCCCCUUUGGUUCGACAUGUCUUCAGUCAUCCCAGAGACGAGGCCUACUUUGCAGCACAUGAGGAGUUUGCUCGCAAGCAUCCUGAGUGGUUCAGCUUUGCCAGGCUUAACGGCGAAUCUCACUUUCCGGUUGUCGAGCUUCCAGAAGCUGUGAUACGGAUACUUAGUUCUCAUGAGCCAGUAUAUGUAACCAAAUCCUAA